AUGAGCAGCAGCAGUCUGGCCGCACUCCUCCUCCAGGGAACACCCUCGGACUCAUGCAGCAGCACCAGCAACCCACUCAGCUCGCUCAGCAAGACCAUCCAGCAGAAACACCAACUAGCAGAACACAGAAAACCAUACAGUAGCAGCCACAGACAACAGCCGAACCUACUCCUGCACCAGGAACUGUCCCAGUCCAAUCCACAGUCAAACCCCCGCUGGGAAUCCGAAUUCACUCACCACCUUGACCAGCAGAAACCCAUCCACCCUCAAACUAUCAUCCCAGCAACACCCCUGCCCGCCUUCACUCAACUACCACGGCUCACUCCGCACCACCACCUAAGCCACCACCACCCAUAUCAUCCCCUCCAAUCAACUCAUCCGAUCACCCAAGAACCUUCCAUCCAGCGCUCAGCAACAGCUCCAGUUUUAGACUGGGAUUCCGCCUUUCUGAGCUAUGAUCACGCUACAACCGUUGCUGGGCCCAUGCAAGCUCAACCAGAUGAACAAAAUCAAGAGUCCGCCUAUCUUGCCAGGUCCCAUUCUCCGAUCAACUCCUCAUCGCCCGAUGCACUGGCCCAAACCGCCGCCUCUCUCAUUGCCACCGUGGAGAGUGGACAGCAGGCCCACCACUCGAUCAAGACCUCCGAUCAACCGGGACUCUCAUCAAUUGAUGGGAAUUCGACCGCAGAUAAAUUCACCCAGAGUAGCUUCAUGGAGUUCAUGAGACAGCUACGCGACGGUGAAGUGAAGGUCGAGGGCGAUAAAGUCGUCCAGCAAAUAGCACCCGUCAGAGGAGCUAGUUCAACAAUCGACCAUGGCACCCAGAUGAAUUCGCACUCACAAACCCCUGGCCUGUCGAUAAACAGCCAUCCACAAAACCUAAAAUCAUUUGGCAUCUCAGGAAACCAACCAGCAACUCAAACAACUAGUCAACUAGAUAGCUCUCAUCAAGCUAUGAUGAAUAGCUUCCAGGGUGAUGGAGGUGGGAUCUCGGAGUCGGACGACAUCUUGAGUGCAGAGUUGGACGACCUCUUGAAUGCAGCUAGCGAGGUGGGUCGCCCAGAGAAACAGACCUGGACGAAUACCGCGACUCACGUGCCCGGAGCCACAGAAUCAUGGACCGAAGACUUCGAUCAACACCAGACCGCCUCGAGAACCGCCCCCGCUGUAGCUGGAGACGAAGAAGAUGCAGAGUUCGAUGUGAUGGGCAUGUUUGGCCGUCCGAUCCACGCCCGAGAGUUCGAGCUGGAGCGGCUCAAGCGUCUCCAACACGUGCCCUCAGCUCAGCAGCAAGAAUGGGAACGGCUCCAAACCGACUGGGACACGAUGGCGAGCGAUCUCGCAGGUCUGUCCGUCGAAGAUCCUGCGACCACCACCACCACCAGUAGCACAAGCGCGAUCUCCCCCGCCACGUUCUUGGAGCGGAUCCAGGCGCUCCGAGCGGAGACUGGGUACACUUUCCAACAAGCCAACCCGCAGCUCUUCCUGCGCUCAGACCACAGAUCGAUGCACCAUUCGAGCCACCACCAGACAUGGGAAGAAUCGGUUUCCCCGCUCGAGUCGGUGCUCCAGAAGGAGAAGGAGGUGCUCAGUGAGCCCGAGUCGGCGAGUGCAUGGUACGAACUCGGGGUCAAGCAGCAGGAGAACGAGCGCGAGGAGAUGGCCAUCCAGGCCCUCCAACACGCCAUCCACCUCGACCCCAUGCUCUCAGACGCCAUCCUUGCACUCGCCAUCAGCUACUCCAACGAGAACCGGAGGGCGGAUGCGUUGGCGGAGAUCGAGCGAUGGAUCGGGGUGGAGACGGGGCGGGUAGCGAAGUACCGCCAAGCUGCAGCACCCCGUCCCUCGGAUCAGCUGCCGAACGAUGAGGACAGGGCGGGAAUGGACGAGCCGUCGAAGCUGCGAGAAAAGCAUGCCGAGCUGACGAGUAGACUGAUCGAGAUCGCUCGUCUGGGGGGCAGGGUCCCUGACAAAGCGUCGGUCGACCCGGACGUACAGAUCGCGCUCGGUGUGCUCUUCAACGCCAACGACGAGUUCGAGAAAGCUUGUGACUGCUUCGCAACCGCGCUCGCCGUCCGCCCGCUCGACCCUCUCCUAUUCAAUCGGCUCGGCGCGACGCUUGCGAAUUCGGGCAAGCCGGACGAAGCGGUCGAGUACUAUAAUCGGGCGAUCGAGCUGCUGCCGAGCUACAUCAGGGCGCGAUACAACCUCUCGAUCUCGUUGAUCAACAUGGGCAAGUACCGGGAGUCGCUGCAGAACCUGUUCGACGCGCUGGUGAUCCAGGACCAAGCCUCCUCCGCCUCCUCCUCGCUCGCCUUCCCGCCGCAAGCCACCGAGGCCGCCCAUGGCCCGCUCCAUCGCCUCUCGGGCAGCCAGGGCGAGCGCAGCGGAGUGACGUCGGACGUGUUAUGGGAGACGCUCGGAAUCAACUGCUCGUUGUUGAAGGGCCAGGUCGGCCUCUCCCAAGCCGAGCUGGAGAGCUGUGUCUCGCGCAAAGACCUCGACCAACUCAAGCAAAUCCUGCCCCACUUCCUAUAA